AUGCAAGCCGCGAACCGCUUCCAACGCGCCCUCAAAACCCGCAACCCUACCUUCGGCGCCUGGCAAAUGCUGCCGGGGACCAACCACUCGCGGGCCAUCGCGCGCAGCAACGUCGACUGGAUCUGCGUCGACACGGAGCACGGCAACAUCGACGACGGGCAAAUGCACGAAGCCGUCGCCGCCAUCGCCGCCACGGGCGUCAGCCCCCUCGUGCGCAUCGCCGCCAACGAAGCCUAUCUCGUCAAGCGGGCGCUCGACGCGGGCGCGCACGGCGUCGUCGUCCCACUCAUCCACACCCCCGACGACGCGCGCCGCCUCGUCGCAGCGUGCAAGUUCCCACCCCAAGGGACGCGUGGGUUCGGCUCGCCGUUCCCGCCGCCCGCGUUUGGCAUCGCCAGUCUGGGCCAGUACCUGCAGGAGGCGAACGAGGCGCUGGUUACUGUUGUGCAGAUUGAGACGAGGGAGGCGCUUGAAAAUGUCGAUGCCAUAGCCGCCCUCCCCGGCGUCGACGUCCUCCUCAUCGGCCCCUACGACCUAGGCAACGCGCUCGGGCACCCGGUGCUCGACGGGACGUUCGCACCCCCCUUAGCCGACGCCAUCGAGCGCAUCCGCGGCGCGUGCGACGCGCACGGCAAGCGCGCGGGCUUCUAUUGCACGUCUGGGGCGCAGGCGCGCGAGUAUGCGGAUCGUGGGUUUGGCAUGAUCUCAAUCGCGACCGACGUCCUCGCCAUCCCGCACUUCUUCGGCGAGGCGCUUGCGGCGGCCAAGGGCGGGGCGGUGCACGCGGCCGUGCAGGCAGCCAAGGGCGCCGCGGCCAGGCUUGCUGGCGACUGA